GGCCAAGUCCACCGUAACCGGUGGUCCACAAGGGUUCUCCGCAAAAGCCCAUUCCGCAAACGUUCCCGUUGUCUUUCCCAUAUCGAAAUUACCUCGUGUUUUCCCUUACCUCUCUCUCUCUCUCUUUCUCUUUCAACUUGAAACUCGAAACUCCGUCCAUGCACGCGAGAAAUCAACUCGUGCGAUAGUAAAUGUGUUUUAUUUUACCCCUAUCUCUAUCUCUCUCUUUUUCUCUUUUUCUGCCGUGUUUACGUGUGUGCAUUAACAAACGCACCUGAUUUUAUUUCUUACCCUAUUAUAACAUCGAAUAAGUUGUUGCGUCAAUCGUAAGUUUUAUUUAUCGAUGUGAAAACUGUAUUCGCGUUUCCCUUUCAUCGAUCUCGCGUGCUAAACCCUUUUACUCUCUUGGACUUGAUAAUAUAACCCUCCCACCUCCUCCUUCUUGUUCUUUCUAACAACUCUCGUGUUUGUUGUGUUCUCGCGAUCAGUGAUUCGUGAUUCUCGACGACGUUGACGACGACAACAACGACGACGACGAUUAAGUUAACUUUGUUCGAGUUCGGCAUACUUUCAACGACGUUACUUGACUUUAAGAGGAAGUGUUCGCGGACGUUUAUCCAACCUAAAUUUAGUCCUGGAUUCGACAGUACUGGAUAAGAUAACCCGCGGUACCCCGCGUUGACGGGGCAGUUUGGUGAUGUACGACAGCGCUAGCUGUUCGUACGCAGGUGCGCUCGAAUUAAAGGGAACCACCGGUAGCGGAGGUGCGGCCGGGGCCGGGGUCGGGGUUGGGUCCGGAUCCGGGAGCGGAACCGGAGUCGGGGCCGGAGCCACGACCGCGGCCGCGGCCGCUGCUGCCUCUGCGGUGGUCGCGGGGGUAACCGCGACCAAUGUUAAACAAGAAAACUGGACGUAUCGUGGUUUAGCAUGCGACAGCACCUUUCAACGGCUUAAGGAAAGUGUCAAACAAGCUAAACAAGCCUUAGCCGAUCGUGCUGGUUAUCUUCCCGGAGCUUUUUCGCCACCUCCGCGUGCCAACCCGUCCGCCAUUUCGCCGACCGCCUCCUCCAUCACCGAUGCAAGUAGUUCGUACAAAGGAGGCUGGAGUCACGCGACAUCCCCGGCCCCUGGCCAGGGGUACGGAAGCAGCCUAUCAAAGUCGGCGUUGGACACUCACAGCCACCUCAGGCAGCCUGACCCCUACCAAAUGUUUAGCGCGACGAGUAGUCGCUUGGCGAGUUCGGGGUCAGGUCAAAUUCAACUCUGGCAAUUCCUACUCGAACUUUUAUCCGACUCUAGCAAUGCCGCGUGCAUUACGUGGGAAGGAACCAACGGUGAAUUCAAGUUGACCGAUCCGGACGAAGUUGCGAGACGUUGGGGCGAGAGGAAGUCUAAACCGAACAUGAAUUAUGACAAAUUGUCGAGGGCCUUGAGGUACUAUUACGACAAGAACAUCAUGACGAAGGUACACGGGAAGAGGUACGCGUACAAGUUCGACUUUCAAGGUUUAGCAGCAGCUACGCAACCAGCUGCGGCCGAUCCAGCGGCAUACAAAUACCAAAGUGAGCUGUUCAUGUCUGGUUAUGGUCAUGCCAAGUUGAACCUGAUGCCACCGCCAGCAGCAUCAGUUUCGGUUUCGGUACCAGGUGGUCUUUUCCAAUCGGCAUCCAGUUAUUGGUCGACGACACCAAGUGCGAAUCUUUACGCUGGUCACCACACAGCAUCGGGACACGUGCCACCACAUCUUGGCAGCUAUCCCCAUUACGCAUGACCUUCUGCCGAACAUUGGAGCACUCUUGGUACGCCGCGUUAAAAAAAAAUCCCCCAUAUAUAAUUUUCGUUACCGAGUAAAACAACACAUCCCUUUUAUUUCUCUCUCUCUCUCCCGUUUAUCUAUCGGGAAAGAAGAGAAAUAAACUCGGAGAAAUUAAACGCAUCUUUAAGAUGCGUAAUAGUAACUUGUCACGUUCAAAAUCGAUUAACGGGACGUGCGUUUAACAAAAAGAACAAAUAAAACAACAACGUCGUGUGCACCGUCGCACCCCCUCCCCCUCUUGCUAAACUUUAACUCUCUUCCCUUUUAAACUUAAACCGCUAGACCAUUGUUCACCUUGCUAUAUUUUACCUAACGCGUUAAUCAUUUGAAUUCUACUAUUACGUACACUACCCCCUUUUCAGUGAAAUAUUUUAUUCUAAUACGGUCGAAUAACUUUUUUACAAAUCAUCAUUUAAUUAUUAUCACUGUUUUUUUUUUCUUCGAAUAAUAACAAUUGUACGAAGCAACAAAUGAUUGCUAAUUUAUGAUUAAUCGUAUAUCGUUAUUUUACAAAUCUUCUAUAAUUACUAUAUUACAAAAAUAAGCAGCAUCUGGUUUUUUUUUUUUUUUUACAUCAAACAAUUGUUAAGUUAGGAACGGUAGUUUACGUAAUAAUAGUCAACAGAGAAUUCACCGGUCAUUUCUUUACUAAUUCGUAUCAAAACCCUUUUUAAAACCCUUUCUUUUUUCCUACCCGACGUUCCGCGAUUCUUCGAUACAAGAUUAAGAAACAUACAUAUUAAUUAACAAACUAACAAACUAACAAACAUAUUUAUACAUACAUAAAUACGUGAAUAUUCUCGAGAAUGAUUUACGUUAUCGUCUAUUAUCGUAGAUGAAAACGUGAACUACUCGGGAUGAAGGAACAUCCCCGUCGGAAGAUUUGGCGAUGUUUUCGUGGUCGACGGUGCGCUUCGGAUUCUUGUAAGAUCAUUGUAAAUAAAGUAUAUUAUUGCAUUAUGCGAACGAUCCUGAUGUUCAUAAAACGGGAUUAAUCUCUCUUUGCAUUACGAUUUAUCCUUGCAUUUUUGCUUCUUUUUUUUUUGCUGUUGAUUUCUCUGGUUCUCUUUUUCGUUACUUUUCUUUUUACAAUCGAUUGAAACAAAUGAAACAAAAAAAUGAUUCGGAUUAUUUUAUCAGGGAUGUAUUAAUCCAAUUGUUAGAUAUUAUAAAGAACGAAAUAAUUAUGCCAUUUCCUAAAAUUAGGCUCGAUGGAUGGAAAUGAAAAUGAUGUAAAGAUAAAUCGUACGAUCAGAGUUGGUCCAUCUGAACGUCGAUUCGUCUAUCGAAUAAGGAACCAACGUUAUUCCAUCAACGAAACGUUGGAUUUUGCGGCCCCGAUCGAAUCGGUUAUUAAAUCAAAUCAGACAACUCAAAAAAGAAAAGAAAUCAAGAAUAAUCCGAAAGGAGUGUGUGUCAUAUCAAUCGAUUUACAUCUAUUAAUCAUUUACAAUUUUACAAUGAAACAUACGAUUUGUAACCAUAAAACAAAACUAAUUAUUUAUACGUUCGGGAAUAAUAAAAAAAAGAAAACGAAAAGCCAUGAAGGACACUUAUGGGGGUUCGACGAUAUACGUGAAUAACCGAUCGUCGAUUUGGGUUCCAAAACUAAAAAGCAAUGCGUGUAUUAUAAACUCUUUUAACUUAUUUGUUAUAUAAUAAUAAUAUUAUUAAUAAUAAUAUUAAAUACUAAUAAUAACAAUAAUAAUAAUAAUAAUAAUAAUUAUAAUUAUAAUAAUAAUGGUAUAGAUAGAGACGCCUCGUCGUGUCGUUCAAACGACAGGUAAUAGCAAAGAUAAACUUCUUGAUACUGUAUCCUAUCGUAUGCAGUGGCAAAGAAGUGCAAGUUAAAAACAAACAUGAAAAUAAAAUGAAAUA